AUCCACAACCAACCUCAGCCUCUCCCUCUUUCUCUCUCAGUCUCUCUCUGAUCUGUUCGCCGCUCCCCAAUAUACAUCCCUCUCUCUAGAUCUUUUACAAUAUGGGGAGCAUCGCCGAACUCCCAAUGGCAGAGAAGGCCAGCGGUGUGGCAACGGUGAUGGCCAUCGGCACCGCGUCGCCGACGCAGGUGGUCGACCAAAGCACCUACGCCGACAAGUACUUCAAGCUCACCGACUCCGAUCAUAUGGUCGGCCUCAAGGACAAGUUCAAGAGACUCUGUGAGAAAUCGAUGAUCAAGAAGAGACACGUCUACAUGAAUGAAGAGAUAGCGGAGAAGAACCCCAAUGUUAGGGCCUACAUGGCUCCCUCCCUGGAUGCUCGUCACGAUGUCAUCAUCCCGGAGGUGCCCCGGUUGGGGAAGGAGGCAGCUGUGAAGGCGAUCGCCGAGUGGGGGCAGCCUGCCUCCAGCAUCACCCACCUCAUCUUUUGCGCCACCGGCGGCGUUGACCUUCCCGGCGCCGACUUCCAUGUCUCCAGGAUGCUGGGGCUGCAGCCCUCGGUCAAGCGUUACAUGCUUUACCAGCAGGGCUGCUUUGCGGGGGGCACGGUGCUGCGGCUGGCGAAGGACCUAGCGGAGAACAACAAGGGUGCGAGGGUGCUGGUCAUAAACUCCGAGCUCAUCGCCCUCAUCGCUUUCCGUGGACCCAGCCUCACUCACCUCGACAACCUGGUGGGUCAAGCCAUGUUCGGCGAUGGUGCUGCUGCGCUCAUCGUGGGCGCUGACCCUGUCCCCACGCUCGAGAAACCCAUCUUCGAGAUCUCAUGGACGGGGCAGACCAUCCUGCCGGAGUGCAGCACUGCCAUAAGGGCCCACCUGCGGGAGAGUGGGAUGACCUUCCACCUUCGGCCGGAGGUGCCGGCGCUGAUAGCAGGUGGCCUGGACAAGAUCCUGACCGAGGCAUUCCACCCGCUGGGCAUCUCAGACUGGAACUCCAUCUUCUGGAUACCGCACCCAGGUGGCCCUGCCAUCUUGGACCAGGUGCAGGAGACACUGAGGCUUAAGAACGAAAGGCUGAGCACCACGAGGGAGGUGCUGAGCCAGCACGGCAACAUGUCCAGUGCCUCGGUGUUGUUCAUCCUGGACGAGAUGAGGAGGAAGUCGAAGAAGGAAGGGCUGCCCACCACCGGGGAAGGGCUCGACUACGGUGUCCUCUUUGGCUUCGGCCCCGGCAUCACCGUGGAGACCGUCGUCCUACGCAGCAUUCCCAUCGACGCCUAGACGUAUGCAGGAAUCCCUACGUCGGUCUAUAUUAACCUGCCAUGUGAUAUUCUCCCAAAAAUAAUGCCUCUAGGAUUUCGUUGCGGUCUUCGAGUGCUCUGCCUGCUCCAAGAUUUGGCUUCUUCCUUUUGAAUUUGUUACAAGGGUUUGGUUUGGUUGGUUGUGUAACUACUUCUUGUGCUCAAGAUCUCGUUUCUCUAUAUAUAUGUGUUGUUCAUGGGUGCAUCAUUUGGUACAUCUCCGUGAAUGAAUAAAAUGGAAAGAAAAAAAUUAAAUUUUAUAAAAAUUUGCCAAGUUUUACUU